CAGCAAGUCUAGGCUCACUCAGAUCAAGAGAGUGCUAGCCACUCACCCAAAGUAGAGGCAGGCCUCCAGCAUGUCAGAGAAGCCAGAGGACCAAAAGGAACCAAAGGAUUUAAAGGCUCUCAUGCCCACAGAGAGGAAGUCCGUGUGGAGGACUGCAGAGGAGAGGCGGAUGUCUGACCUCACGCGGGUGCUGGAGUGGCUAGAGAGGAGGAAGGGGAAGAAGAAGCAACCUGUCCAGAAGCAAAAGGUCAUGGUGAUGGAGACCCCAAAAGCAAAGAUGAAAGAAGGAAAGAAAGUCAAAAAUAUCUUGAAGCGGCAAGAAGACAAGGCCAAAGCAAAGCUCCAGGAGCAGGUCCCAGGGCAAAGCAGCAGGAGGAGCACUGCCUCCAACAUGUUUUACCAAAAGCCUUUUGGAAUGGACCAAAAGCGCUUGAGUACAUUCUCCAGCAUCUAUGAAAAAGCUGUUCCCAGAUCAGAGUUAGACAUCAAGGAUGUUGUGGCUCUAGAGUCCACUCCACGGGCACCCUCAUUCCGUCGCCAAAGUUUGUAUGCAGAUCCCUCGAUUCCUGAGAAUGCCUUUGGCGGCCGAAGAAUGACCAUAAUGAAAGACUGGCCAGUCAAGACCUCAGACAUCACUUUUGAACGCAAGCUAAAGAGCCUUAUGGAGAAGGGCACUGAACCAAAGAUAGAAAGCGUGAAAAUGCUGAGGCCAGAGGAAGUACUGAGCUGCCGAUACCUGAGGUUGUCCAGCAACAACAUCCGGACCUUGUUCAAGCUGUGCAAGGAUGUGGGUCUGAACAUGGACAUCCACCCUCACAUGACUGAAACAGAGAUAGAUGUUCAAAAGGUGUUCCCCAAAAACCACAACGCAGCAGCCUGAACAGCUCCUCCCCCUGGCCACCUUCCAGCUCUUUCCGCCAUCUGACUGUGGCCACCAGAGGGUAGCAUCUGGUAUACUACAACUGGCCUUUCAGACUUGGCACAUCUGUUUUAGACAGUAGCAAUCAGGAAAGCAUCCCAGAUCGCUCUGUAGAUGUAGGCUUUGUCCUCGCCACUCAUGUCCAACUCCAAUUAGAAGAACCUGCAUGUUUUCUUACUCUCAGAGAAGUCUCCUUAGGAAGGCCAUCUCACAGGGAGUGGGAAAUGGAGACUCAAAGUCCCCAGAGGACCUUAAGAAGACAAAAUGUUGAGGGACACACACACACACACACACACACACACACACGGCCUCUUUUAUGUUGGUGCAGUCAAGGGGGUAACAAGAGCCUCAGACAGCAUAGACGGAAACAAGGAAAUUGGCCUUUGGGUGCUCACAACAGUGGGGCCCCCUGGGGCUGGGAGCUUUUGGGCAUUCGAUAUCUGUAAGUUCAGGACCUCAUUAUUCACUUGAAGAAGUAGAGAGGGCAAAGCACUUACCCAAAGUCACACA